UUUUUAUGAAACUGACAUGUUUUCCAGGAAAAUAGUGGAAAGCUACCCAUCGUCAUGUUCUCCGUUUGUCUCAAACGUGGCUAGGUUUUCAUAAUUUCCCUUUUUAAACAAGAUUCUAAACCCUUCGUCACAUCAGUUAUUUUUUAUACGAAGGGGACCACAAGCAGUUGGAGCAAUAGCAGAGAUUGAACGACGGCGGUAGCCUGCAGUAGGAGGAAAAAAGCGUGAUGCUCAUGUGACACUGCCACCUAAACGCUCGACCUGCAAGGAGUUAAUGUGACAGCGCUUGAUGUUUCCCCGUUUGCAGACUUUGAGUGACGCGAUCGUCUCGUUUUCCUCUAAGCUUGCCUGUUGCAGCUCCCAACGCGGAGUGCGGAUCGCAUUGAGGAGGGUUUUUCCGCCGUACCGCUGGUCCACUGUGAUAUCCAAGUCGAGAAAGGGGGAGAAAUAACGCCUUUCGGAAGAUCUUGCCUUUCUCUUCAGACGGACUUUUUGUUUGAAAACUGCCUAUCUAUGUCUGCCUUCUCAAAGCGCCCCAGGUGUCGUGUAUGAAAGCGCCGCGAUCAAAGGAGAGCGUAUCUGCUCGGAAUCUCUGAGGCAAGAAGAAACUCUUCGGAGAUCCCAAAACGAACAUGCCGCGGAGGAAACAGCAAGCGCCUCGGCGCUCAGCAGCCUAUGUCCCAGAAGAGCUGAAGGAGGCAGCCAUGAUGGAUGAAGGUGUGGAGGGGGCGGAGUCUGUGACGGGGGAGGAGCCUCCAGUCAAGCACAGACGCUCAGUGAAGGACUUCCUGGCCAAAGACCUGCCGGGCUUCCAUGACUCCCCGGCCGGGGAGCUGUCCAGCCGCGAGAUGGACAGCGAGUCGCACCUGAGCGAGUGCAGCGACCGCAUGUCUGACUUCGAGAGUGCCUCCGUCAAAAACGAGGAGGAGGAGGCAGUCAAAAGCGCCCUCCCGGCAACGGCGGCAGCGGCGACGCCCGGCGAAGAUGGCCCCGCCGCUCCGGACACCUUGGACCGGAUGAAGGCCAUCUACUCCAGCUUCCUGACCAACUCGUACUGGUCGACCCUCGGCCUGAACCUUGCCCAGCCAGGGCUGGAGAAAUCCCAGAGAAGCAGCAGCAGCAGCAGCAGCAGCACCAGCAGCAGCGGCAGCUACGACUGGCACCAGUCUGCCAUGGCCAAGACCCUACAGCAGGCCUCCCAGAACCAGAACCGGCACCAGCCCGAGCCCAGUCUCUUCAGCACCGUGCAGCUGUACCGCCAGAGCGCCAAGCUGUACGGCUCCAUCUUCAGCGGAGCCAGCAAGUUCCGCUGCAAAGACUGCAGCGCCGCCUACGACACGCUGGUGGAGCUGACCGUGCACAUGAACGAGACUGGCCACUACCGCGACGACAACCACGACACGGAUGGCGCCGGCGCCAAGCGCUGGUCCAAACCCCGUAAGCGCUCCCUCCUGGAGAUGGAGGGCAAGGAGGACGCUCAGAAGGUCCUGAAGUGCAUGUACUGCGGCCAUUCCUUUGAGUCGCUGCAGGACCUGAGCGUCCACAUGAUCAAGACCAAACACUACCAGAAAGUGCCUCUGAAGGAGCCUAUGAACCCCAUGGCUACCAAAAUAAUGUCCUCCGGCCGAAAGAGGGCCCCUGAGUUAGACCUCCCCAAUGCCUCAGCUUCCCCCGCGGGUACCCCCAAACCCCACUCCAUGGAACCUGGCGAGGUCCUGCAGAAGGCCACCCACCAGUACAUCACCUCCAAAAGCCGUCACGGGCACCAGAACGGCAGCAGUUAUGCCUGGCAGUUUGAGUCGCGGAAGUCGCAGAUCCUGAAGUGUAUGGAGUGUGGCAACUCCUACAACAACCUGCAGGAGCUGACCGCGCACAUGAUGGUGACCGGACACUUUAUCAAAGUCACCAGCUCCGCCAUUAAGAAAGGGAAACCCCUGGUGGAGUCCCCAUUGGGGGUCUCUCCCACCACACCGUCUGAAGAAAACGUUCAGUCCGUGCCACUGGCUGCCACCACGUUUCCCCCCACCCCUGUAGCACCGCCCUCCAGCAUCUCCCCCAAGCUCCGCACGGAGAUCAAGGAGGAGGAGAAGGAGAGGGCGUGCACCCAAGAGGCCGUGGGCAAGGACAAGCAGGUACCUGAGGAGGAGGAGGAGGAGAAACCAGACGUCUCCAAGUAUCACUACCUGACCGAGGAAGACCUGGAGGGCAGCCCGAAAGAGGGGGUUGACAUUCUCAAAUCCCUGGAAAACACCGUAACGUCAGCCAUCAACAAAGCACAGAACGGAGCCCCUGCCUGGGGUGGCUAUCCCAGCAUCCACGCUGCCUAUCAGCUGCCCAACAUCAUGAAGCUGUCCUUAGCCUCCUCGGGAAAAAGCUCUCCGCUGAAGUACGUGUUCACAGGAGGAGAGAUUCUGUCCCCAGCUAAAAGCCAACCCCUUCUGUCACCUUCCAGCAGCCAGACCUCCCCACUGCCCCAAAACAACUUCCAGGCCAUGGAGGAGCUGGUCAAGAAGGUCACGGAGAAAGUGGCCAAGGUGGAGGAGAAGAUGAAGAACCACAGGGCAAACGCCUCCCCGCACAGACGGGCAACCCCCUCUCCCUGCAGCAGCGAUGCGGGGGGAUCCUCCAGAGGGGCCUCCCCGAAAAACCGGAGGGCCCAGACCCCCCAGACUAACGGCACUGACCACAAAGACUGUAACGGUGACAGCCGGGAGAAGGAGUCCCUGGAGAACGGGACCAGCCAUGCAAAUUUCCCCUCCUCGGCUCUGUGCGGGAGCACUGCCAUUAUAACUGACCAUCCACCUGAGCAGCCUUUCAUCAACCCCCUGAGCGCGCUACAGUCGGUGAUGAACGUCCACCUGGGCAAAGCCGCCAAACCUGCCCUGCCGGCCUUGGACCCCAUGAGCAUGCUCUUCAAAAUGAGCAACAGCCUUGGGGAGAAGGCGGCAGUAGCCACCCCGUCGGUCCAGACCAAAAAAAGAGAGCCCUCGGACCAGUAUUUUUACCAGGUCAGCGAGGACCAGCCGAUAGAUCUGACCAAAGGCAAGAGCAGCAAGAGCUGCUCUUCAGGUUCGGCUCUCCUGUCACCCACGGCGACGUCAUCAUCGUCCUCGUCCUUCUCCUCCUCAUCCGCCGCGACUUCAGUGAAGACGUCUGCAGUGGCCACGUUCAUGUCGGACUCCCCGCUGCGAGAGAAUGCCCUGUCGGACAUCUCGGACAUGCUGCGGAACCUGACAGAGGGCCACGCCUCAAAGUCUCCCACGCCCACCGGCCAAUCAGACGCGGAGGGCGCAACCCCCGACGACCUGGAGGAGGUCUCCCCGGCCCAGAAACGAAAGGGCCGCCAGUCCAACUGGAACCCGCAGCACCUGCUGAUCCUACAGGCGCAGUUCGCGGCCAGCUUGCGGCAGGCGCCAGACGGGAAGUACGUCCUCUCGGACCUCACCCCCCAGGAGAGGAUGUACAUCUCCCGGUUCACGGGCCUCUCCAUGACGACCAUCAGCCACUGGCUGGCCAACGUCAAGUACCAGCUGAGAAGGACAGGAGGGACCAAGUUCCUGAAAAACCUGGACUCGGGAAGCCCUGUGUUCUUCUGCAGCGACUGUGCCUCUCAGAUCCGGACGCCCUCCACCUAUGUCACCCACCUGGAGACUCACCUGGGCUUCCGGCUGAGGGACCUGGCCAAGCUCUCCAAUGAGCAGCUCGGCAGCCGAGUCUCACGGCACCCCAAGGCACCGUCGGAAAAAACCUUCUUCGUCCCGUCCCCCUCCCCCUCCCCCUCGCCCACCCCCGAGGACGAGAGCGGCAGCACUUCGUACAGAUGCAAGCUCUGCAACCGGACUUUUGGGAGCAAGCACGCCGUCAAGCUGCACCUGAGUAAGACUCACGGGAAGUCUCCCGAGGACCACCUCCUCUUCGUUUGUGAGCUGGAGAAGCAGUAGCAUCGGCCUCGACGUACACGCUCCCUCUGGCCCGUCAAAUGUUGUCCGUUGUAAAAAGGAAAACGAUGAAUUCACGAAAUAAUGGGAAAAAAAACUGCACAAAGAUACUGUAGAUCUACUGUUUAGAAUUGGCACAUGGUCUCGAUCUAUUUCCACAGGAGACUUACCCUGGCCCAAAACCUUUUUCUUUCCUUUUUUUUUAAUCAUUUUUAAAGAUUUAUUUUCUCACUGUACAGUGUUGAAUAUAGAGGUGCUGCAUAAUUGGCUGUUGUUAACUGCUAAAAGUAUGAAGGUAAAAAAAAGACCAUUUAAAAUUAAGUGGUGUGUGUUUGGAAUUUGUGUAAAUUGCAUUUAGUUUCUUUGCGUCCUUGGGAUAAGCCGCAUGCAUUUAUGGACAAUUUAGUUAAGCAUUUUAUAACUGAAUCUGGUGCACUUUUUUCUGUUUCUAAAUGUGACCCCAGUGUGCUGGUAUCAGCAUCUGUCAUUUAACCCUCUGAGUACAGCUAAGCCCGCGUUAAACCCCAAAACCAAUACUAAGGAGAAAUGUAUGACAAGUAUGGUCAAAUGGCUCAAUAUAAAAGAUUUGAAAAAUAACUAUGAUAUAU